AAUCCAGUCGACUGCUCGUCCGAUUGGCCGGGCUCUUUACUUGGCAUUUACGGCACGUUCCUGCUGCGCAUGAUUAACAUUACCGUGGAUCCACUCAAAAUGGCCAAGAAUACCAAAAAAGCCGUCAAGAUUGUCAAAAAAUUGGGACAAGGAGGACCCAUGCGAUUCUUUUUGAAAUACGUCAAACCCUUUACUCGCACCUUGCGAUUGUUUGUGGCAGGGUGGCGUUGGGCGGAAGCCUCUCAAUGUCGACGAGGAGAAGUGGGAACCGAGGAAGCCUUUGCGUUCAUGGGGAAUCGAGUCUCGCGCACGUUGGCUCGAUUGGCCGUGGACAGUCUUGUGGCCUAUGUCGUCAUGCCCAUGGCCUAUGAACUCUUUCAGUGGCUACAGUACGACGAUUGGUGGCAUCCCAUCACUGUGUUUAUAGUUCUGGGAAGCCUUCGCGCUGUGGCGCCAUAUGCGGCAUCCUUUCAAGGGUCCAGGGUGGGGCGAGUCCUGACGCGCCAAUUCUUUCGCGGGGCCAAACAUCGAUGGUUGCCGAUUCAACCCAUUACUACGCUCAAUCUACUGAGUGAUGAUUGUUGUGAACAGGAUGAAAUAUCUCAGACAGCUGAUCUGGCAGUGCUGGCCAAGGAAGUUGCCAAGGCGUUUGGCAAGGCAAAGGAAAUUGGCUUGGAUGGCAUGGAAGGGCAGAGAGAAAUCCUUAAGGAACAGGGCUUUCAUCAAGUAGGAGCUGGAAGUGGAGGGUAUGCGGUCUAUUUCUGUCGUCGCAAACCACCCAAUGGCUCGACCGAACUGACGAUUCUCCUUCAUGUGACACCCUACGGACCUUCUAUUUUGAAUGUCAUGCCUCGCUAUAUUGUCUUGGAAUUUGAGGAUUCGGUGGAUCGAAGAAAUCAUUGUCCCCAUCACUUUGCCGAACUCAAAGAGAGAUAUGACAAGCAGUUGGUGACCUACCAAGUUGGGUGCAAGACGCUCUGCAAACAACGAACUGGACGCAAUCCCAAUCCGCCUUCUGACCUGAAAUCCCUCAAGACCUUUCUGGCUGAUGCUAAGAAACCCCGAAAGCGACGCCGAAACCAGCGGCAGUACGAGGAACUCCAAAAACAAGUCCACAGAGUCGCCAAGGAUUUGAAGCGAAUGAUGGCGAUGGCAGGAGAUCAGGCUCCCAAGGGAGUUAUCUUGUACUUUGAGGGUUUGGAUUGUGCCGGGAAAUCCUCGACGGGAGGAUUGGUCGAACAAGCCCUGGCAGAAGCCGGCUUUCAAGUUGCUACCAAGCAGUACAACCGUCCACCGACGCCGGAACAAAAGCUGAAACCCUGGAUGGAUCGAUUUGAAGUUCCUGAGACGACGACGACGACUGUUGGUUUGGCGGUUCCCAGCGGCAGUAGCAAUGAAGAGCAGCAGGAGACUGCGCAGUCGUUGCUUAACAAGCAUAGUGCACUGGUUUGGGAUCGUGGUCCGUCGGGAGACUUUGUGUACAAUCCAGAGUACAGAGCAUUGCCCAUGGAGGAUCGUGAGAAACUAUACAAAGAAUUUAUGGACUUUGAUCGAGAAUGCCUCUCCAAGGGCAUAUCUCUCUCUUUUUUUUUCCACCAGUGA